GCAAGUGCCGGUUCUGGCUGCACUUUCCUCACGCUGUCAGAUCGUGAGGAAAAUACUGCCGAGAACCGGCAGUUGUGCAGAGCGGGGAUCGGCACCGAUGCUUCCAGGGCACUGAUGAUCAGUGCCCUGAUGAUCGGUGCCCAGCAGGAUGACCCCCGCAACAGUGCCCCCACCUGUGCCCAGAGAUGCCCCCACCUGUGCCCCCACCUGUGCCACUCUGCAGCAGUGCCACCUACCUGUGCCCAGAAGUGCCACCUACCUGUGCCCACCAGUGCCACCCACCUGUGCCCACCAGUGCCACCCACCUGUGCCCACCCACCAGUGCAGUGCUGCCAGUCAGUGCCACCAGUCAGUGCCCAGGGGUUGUGCCAGUCAGUGCCGCCAGUCAUGCCCAGAAGUGAUGCCAGUCAGUGC